CCAGAAAACAUUGCUGUCGUAAAGGAACUAAAGAACAGAGAAAAGCAACUUAGUAACACAAAUGAAGAAGAUCUACUAAACCAAGCGUCCUUCCAUCUCAAUUUUCAAACACAGCCAACAGAAGAUGGGCCAGUGUUUAUACCAUGGAUAAGCCAAUUGGGAGUUAUAAGCAAUCAAAGUCCAUCUCUACCUAUAUGCUAUGACCAACCGUCUAACCAGAAGGAUGUAAUGGUACAACUAGCUCAUGUUAUUUGUCGACAGUCAGGAUUCGUGACAGCAACCAAAUGGUUUGGCAUUCGAAAAGAAACAUUAGGUCUGCAUUCGAACUCCAGUGGUCUUAGUGCUUACUGUCGAGGUGAUGAACAAUUCAUUGACCAUUGUCGAUGGCAUUUUCCAAUCUUACGUUCGUGCAGUCAUUUUUUGGCAAUUGAAUGUGGUGAUUGUUCACGUUCAUAUGUGAUGGCAGAGGAGACUCGAAUAACCUUAGCUUCUCCAGGAUUUCCUAUUUACAUUCCAUUAGUGGUAUGCGAGUGGAACAUUACAUUGCUACCGGAGAAUAAUUUGCAAAUCAGGUUUCAGCAGUUCGAAUUGCCUAGUCCUAUCUAUGAUGAGGCAAUAAAUGUCGUAUCUUGUCGGUCGGGAUCCCUGGACAUCAUGUCAUGGCAUGAGGAUAUUAAAAAAAUGGCAUUAGAUGGACGAUUCUGUGGCCGUUAUAGUCCAGGCAAGUUUGCAAUUAAUACAACCAUCUAUGUACUACAGAGUUCUAGAAAUUUGACCAUUAUUUCCAACCGCAUCCUUAUUCGAUACACGGCGAGUUCCUUCAAGAUGGACGACGUAACAAAAAAGGGCUUCCUCGCAGAAUGCUCCCUUGUCUCCUCAGCUCAAUUGUCAAGUAAUUUCGCCAUCGUUCGCUGGGUACUAACAGGCAGCGGAAUAUUGAUUACAGUUAUAAUCGCACUAUUUCUUUGGAUAUGGAAGGGGAAUUUCCACAAUUUGUAUUUGCGCUUAUGUUUAAACUGUUGCUGGGCAAAUUCUAUCCCGACGAGAGAAGGUCAUCUGAGCUUAGCAAGAUCACCUCUAUCCGCAGUCGUGUUACCACCGCCUGUGGAAACAUUUAGCCAUAUAGCCGGCUUAGAAGAUCAGCGUAUGGAGAUCAUACAUGGACGCCGCAUAAGUGUAACAAAAGUCCUUGAUCAAGAAUGUGAUAUUCGUCACUGGGACCAAACCCGUCGUCUGGAAAAGUGGCAUUCCACCAACCGUACCACUCGGUCUUCGUCAGCUGAUUUCGCUUCCAUGCAAAGUAUUGAACUGAAGGAUGAAAUUUCACUUGUUACUACGCCCAAAGAUAGAAAUGGAAGCCAUAUCUAUGAAGAGAUCGACAUCAACUUACAAAAUGGUUGUCCUGAAGCCACGUGUAUCCGAUCAGUAUCGAGCACAGCACCACCCAGAAUGAUGAUGCCAUUCAUCGGCCGAAGCCUUUUCGAUCGACCACCGGUGAUGUUGUAUCAACAAACGUCAACGUUUGAACCCUUGAAUACCACCAUUUUGGUCUCGGGAUCUUCAAUACCAUCACAUCCAGAAAAAUCUCAUGAAUGCCAAUUGGACCACUCAGUUUUCCAUCGCCCUCCGUGUUUCCAUUGCAGGAGCAGCGGAUCCACGUUUUCAACCUCUUCUCAUUUAGCACUAUCGAGUGAAUCAGGUGACAGCGCAUCUCUUAGCGGUAUCUAUGUGAAUCCAGAGCCGGAGACUGACGAAUAAUGAUUGACGCUUUUUAAAAUGUAGUCAAUAUCAUGGCAACUGGCUGUAAAAUAUAAUCAUAUAUUAUUAUUUGAAAUUUGGCUAGUGAAAUACAUACAAUUAACAAA